AUGCCCGAUCCAAUCGUGUGCUGGUCGUGCGGCCAUUACCUUGGCGACAAAUGCCACUCUCUCGUGCGCUCCGGCGUGACCUGCAGAGAGAUGAAGGGGAAAGCGAGGUGCAACGGCUACGCAUUCCCAGGAAAGCCACCCCCGGUGGAGAAGCAGGACAGGAGUGCGCUGCAGGACCAUUACAUCCUGUCCAAUGGAAGAAUGCUGUUCGUACAUGUGCGGGGAGAGGACAGGAUCCACGUUCCCAUCAACGAGCCCUGCCAGGAGGCUUUGAACCGGGUGAGGGAGGUUUACGAGUGGGAGGAGCUGGACGAGCGCAGCUCCCGCUUCCAGCAGGCAGCGAGGACACUGAACGAUGAGAUCACGAGGGAUGUUGCCUUGCAUCCGGACGUGAAUGAAGAUCAGUCAUUAGAGGAGGAAGAGGAGGAGGAGGAGGAGGAUGAGGAGGAAGGAAUCAGCGAAGCGAGUUACGACUCAGACUACUACCCGGGUAAGAAGGGGGGCGGAUUCUUCCGGUACGACCAGAAUUCCGAAGAGAGCGAGGAUGAUCUCCAAGGAGAAGUGGUAGAGGAUGACGAUGGCGGUGGGGUCGAGGCGGAUGAUGACAUCAGCAGCGUGGAGGAUAUGAGCGAUCGUGACACGGUCACACACGAGCAGACGAUGGAUUUUUCAUUCACCGAUCAGGGCUCCAACGCGUCUUCGAACUGCGAACCUCCCGUUUCCGAAACAUCCGCGACGGUGUCAUCCCUCACGCAUGCAGGUGAAUCGACCGAUGUAAUAAGCAUCUCAUCCUUAGACGAACCGAUAACUCCAAUAUCGAUGGCACAACCGCCGGCCGAGAACACGGGCCAGGAUGGCAGCUCCUUCUGA